AUGGUGGUAACAAGAUCCAAACAGCAGCUAUUUGGAUACAUUAAAGACAGUAUUCAACAGAGGCUUAAGAAGUGGAAAAAUAAGCUGUUAAAUGCAGCAGGCAAGGAGGUGAUGCUCAAGUCUGUGGCAUUGGCAAUGCCAACAUACACAAUGUUAUGGUUCAACUUACCUAAAAAAUUGUGCAAAGAGAUUAACUCCACAAUGGCAAACUAUUGGUGGGGUGAGGCGAAUGGGAAGAACAAAAUGCACUGGAAAGCUUGGAGUAAGAUGUCACUGGACAAGAAAGCUGGUGGAUUGGGAUUCAAGGAUUUGAAGGCAUUCAAUUUAACCUUACUGGGAAAGCAGGUCUGGAGAUUACUCACACAACCAAACCUGCUGGUCAGUAGAGUGAUAAAGGCUAGAUAUCAUCCAAAGGAAUCACUCCUCAAGUGCAAAGUAGCUGGGAAUGCAUCCUGGAUUUGGAAAGGCCUGAUGGGAUCUAGGCAGCUGAUAGAGGAAGGGAUUAGAAGAAGGAUUGGCAAUGGAAAGAGCACCUACAUAUGGGAGGACAGAUGGAUUCCAGUUACACACCAUGGAAAGGUAACCACACCGAAGCCACAAGGAUGCAACCUGGUAAAGGUAGCAGAUUUGAUAGCCCAGAAAAGAUGGAACAAGCACCUAAUCUUCAGGAACUUUAGCUCCAUGGAGGCAGAAGGAAUACUAAGCAUCCCUAUAAGCUUAGCAGACAGAGAGGAUAGCAACUUAUGGAUUUAUAGCACAAAUGGGAAUUGUUCAGUUAGCUCAGCCUAUAGGGUACAAACUGAAGGAACAUGA